UACCGCUUAUCCAUUUUCUGUAACUCGUGGAAGUGGAAGUUAAACAGUACAAAACUGAAAACCGGCAACUGCUGCAUUUGCAAAUACUAAAUAGUGCAAGUGCAAAUGUGCAUAAGACCUAUGUAAGAAUUAACGAAUUAUUUUGAGAAAGAGAAAUACUGUUGUGUAUCUAUCAUCUCUUGUUCAGCAAUAUUUUCAAUCUAAUCAUGAUGCAUAUUUUGGCCAAGAAACCGCUAUUAUGUGCGGAGAUAAAUGUCUCAAUGGACAUGGCUAGGAAUGAGAAGAUUUUGAUUUAUCAGUAAUCGUGAUCAAUACCAAAAUAAUUUAUAAAAACUUAAAAAUAUUUUAUUGAUCAAGUUAUAAAAUCACCAUCUGAUAAAAAACUGUUAGUUGCUUGGUUAAUUUUCUAGAUACUUAUUCAAAUUUUUUUUAAAACAAAUGUAACAUCAAUUUAUAUGUAAUUUAUACAUUAUUUAUAAGUUAGGAAAAUAUUUGUUUCACCACUUGUCAACGUUAAACUAAUGGAAUUUAGAAAAAGGUUCUCAUAAUGAAUACGGAAAAGUUGUCAGCCAAAGAGAUAUUUUUUCAUUCAUGCGUAAACGGAGAUUUGAAUACAAUUAAAAUUAACUUGUUUCACAAUGUAUCACCAUUCAGCCUUGAUAAGUAUGGAAAUAAUGCUUUACACCUAGCUGCUAUGAAUAAUCAACCCAAAGUAUUGGAAUACUUACUAAAGACUGUCAAAACGUAUAAAAGUAACUUUCAGAAUAAAAUUGGACGUACUGCUUUAAAUAUUGCAGCCGCCCAAGGUGCAUAUGAAUGCAUUGAAGUUUUAUUGAACAGUUUUCACUGUGAUAUAAAUUCUACAGAUAAGAUUUUUUGCAAUAGUCCAUUACACUGGUGUGUUACAAGCAAAUGUAUCAAAGGUGUUAAAAAGUUAUUAGAUAUGGGAGCUGAUUUUACUUCUGUAAACAAAUUUGGUAAAACUCCCCUACAACUCGCCAAAACAACAUGUCCAGACAUUUUUCAGUUAAUAGAUAAUUUUAUCAAAAUUAAAAAUAAGGAUCAAUAUUUGCAGACAACUCCACAGAUUAAUAAUAAUAUUGGAACAAAAAUGAAAACUAUCUCAAAAUCAUCAAGUCCAUCACAAUUUAAAAUAACUAAUGAUAAAUCCAAAUCAAAUUCAAAUUCAAAAAUAUUUGAGAAGACUGUUGAUCAGCAAAGUGACAAUUGUGAAACAAUAUUAGGUCCUAAUUUGGCAUCUAAUAAUGGAGAUGAAUCAUUUUAUUUAGAUAUUUCAAAAUUAAAACAUGGCGAUAAUUCCGUUUUAAAAUUACUGGAAAAAUCUAUUGAACCAGUAGACGAAACUUCUUUUGUAUCAUCUAUUUUAAGUAGCGGAAAAGUUAUUCAGUUGACUGAAGCUGGUAUACUUGCUUUGGAAUACACAAAAAACGAAAUAAAUACUCCAAUUCCUGAUCAUCUUGUACAAAGUUUCUUGAACACAUCUCAACAGUAUAAGGAAAAUGAAAAUAAUCUUGAGAAUGAUAAUAUUGAAAAAGAUAAUGAAUUAAGUUCAAUAACAAUUGCCAAACGACUUAAAAGUCCACCGCCCUGCUCUAAAAGAUUUAAAUAUAAUGAAAGCACUAAAAUUACAGAGUUUGAAAGUUUAUUAGAUCAAUUGAGUUCUAAGUGUACUAAAACUGUACCUAGAGUUUAUAAUUCAAAUUCCUAUUGUCCGCAAAGUUCGUCAACUGCAGAAAGUAGUACAAUGAGAAAUAAUGAAGUUGUCAAAAAUCAAUUAGUAUGUGUAAACUCUGACAUUAAUGCACAACCCAAGUGGGUAGAUGAUCUGAUGUGUUUAUUGCAUAAAUUAGAUAAUUCAGAUACAGUGGAACACAAACAAAUUGAUUAAGCUUAAAUAAUAUUGUCAUUUCUUAAUAGUAAUUAAUAAGUUCCUACCAUUUUUGUCAUUCCUACAUUAUUAUUAUAAAUUAUUGUGCCAAUAAGCAAAAUUUUUUGUGUCUAACAACUUGUGUGGUAUAUAAUUUGUAAAUAAACAAUUACCUGUCUACAAAAUAUGACUUAGGUUCCAAAAAACAGCUCAGAACAUUAUUACAUUAUUUGUUAUUAUUUUUAUGAUUAAUUUUAAAUUGUUUUAAGUUCUA